AUGUGGAGCUCCGGUAAUUUCAAAUCCGGCAACAACAACUCCGACAACUACAACUCCGACAACCACUACUCCGACAACUACAACUCCGACAAUUACAACUCCGACAACCACAACUCCGACAACUACAACUCCGACAACCACAACUCCGACAACUACAACUCCGACAACCACAACUCCGAUAACCACAAUUCCGACAACUACAACUCCGACAACUACAACUCCGACAACCACUACUCCGACAACUACAACUCCGACAAUUACAACUCCGACAACCACAACUCCGACAACUACAACUCCGACAACCACAACUCCGACAACUACAACUCCGACAACCACAACUCCGACAACUGGAACUCCGACAAUUACAACUCCAACUACAACUCCGACAACCACAACUCCGACAACCACAACUCCGACAACUGGAACUCCGACAAUUACAACUCCAACUACAACUCCGACAACUACAACACCGACAACUACAACUCCAACUACAAAACUACAACUCCAACAACUACAACUCCGACAACUACAACUCCGACAACUACAACUCCAACUACAACUCCGACAACUACAACUCCGAAUACCACAACUCCGACAACCACAACUCCGACAAUUACAACUCCGACAACUACAACUCCGACAACCACAACUCCGACAACUACAACUCCGACAACUACAACUCCGACAACUACAACUCCGACAACUACAACUCCGACAACUGGAACUCCGACAAUUACAACUCCUACUACAACUCCGACAACUACAACUCCGACAACUACGACAACCACAACUCCGACAACUACAACUCCAACCACAACUCCGACAACUACGAUAACCACAACUCCGACAACUACGACAACCACAACUCCGACAACUACAACUCCCAUUACAACUACUUCAACUCAAACAACAACUCCCACAACAGCCUCCUCUGUGACAUUUCCAUCUUCAAAUAUCCCAGCGAAUUUGACAGCUGUGACACCCGAUACAUCAAUGCAUAAUUCACCCAGCACGUUUACGUCAUUCGUGACAGAAAAGUUGACAACACCUGUUUCUUUACCGGAUUUGUCACCAAGCUCUACUUCAAAGGAUAUCACCACAUCGGCUGUCGACACCACGGUUAAAGUGCCAGAUCCUUUAAGCAUUCUUCAGACUACUAAGACACCGUGUGUUCCUAUAUUUUGUAUACUUCCCUGUGGAAACCCUCCUAAGUAUCGCAAAGACGCCAAUGGCUGUGAGCGCUGUGAAUGUGCCUAGUAUAGUAUCGAGUAAAUGCGUUUUCGAGUUGUAAAAUAAAACAUUAAAAUUGUGUUAGAUAUUUCAGUCCGUA